AAAAUCAAAAUUAUCUUUAGCGGCAAGUAGAAGUAGAAGAGAGGGUUUUGGAGUGGCGGCAGCAAGAUAUUGUAAUGGCAAUAUCCAUUCCUCUAUUCUCUCUCUCUUCUCUUUCUCUCUCUUCAUCUUCAUCUUCAUCUCUUUACCCUUCAAAACUUCACUCCCCUUCUCGUACUUCCACCCUCGGUACUAGUUAUUGUAAUUCAACUUCACACAUCAACCUCUCUAUUCGCUCCUCUUAUUCCGGAAAUGGGUCUUCCCCUGACGCCUUCAAUUCCAGUGAAAUUCCAUCCAUGUCUCCCUUUUCACUGUCAAUGAAUGAAUCGAACAAGCCAUCAUUCAAAUGGCGAAGGGUUUUGCUUAAAGUCAGUGGAGAAGCACUUGCAGGAGAUCAAGCUCAGAAUAUUGAUCCUAAGAUAACUAUGGCCAUUGCAAGGGAAGUGGCAGCUGUAACCCGCCUUGGCAUUGAGGUUGCACUAGUUGUUGGUGGGGGAAAUAUCUUCCGUGGAGCCACCUGGGCGGGAUGUAGUGGUCUUGAACGCUCAUCUGCUGAUUAUAUUGGGAUGUUGGCAACCGUCAUGAAUGCUAUAUUUCUCCAAGCAACAAUGGAGAGUAUUGGCAUUCCAACCAGGGUUCAGACUGCAUUUCGCAUGUCUGAGGUUGCAGAACCAUAUAUACGCAGAAGGGCUGUGAGGCAUUUGGAAAAGGGAAGGGUUGUCAUUUUUGCUGCAGGAACUGGAAAUCCAUUCUUUACCACAGACACCGCUGCAGCACUUAGAUGUGCAGAAAUUAAUGCAGAGGUUGUACUCAAAGCUACAAAUGUUGAUGGAGUGUAUGAAGAUGACCCAAAGCGUAAUCCUCAAGCGCGCCUUCUUGACACACUAACCUAUCAGGAGGUAACUUCAAAAGAUCUGUCAGUGAUGGACAUGACUGCCAUAACUUUAUGCCAGGAAAAUAAUAUUCCAGUUGUUGUCUUCAAUCUAAACAAACCAGGUAACAUAGAGAAAGCCAUUAAAGGUGAGAGAGUUGGCACUUUGAUUGGGGCAACGUGGAAUUCCACCGUUUCAACAGCGUGAAAAUAUUUGAAGUCCAAUUACAAGUGAUUCUUUCUCGUGGUUUUCUUAUGCAAUCUUUCAGCUGAGGAUGCCAAAAAAGGGGAAUGGUAGUUUUGAUGUACUUUAAGGACACAAUUUUGAGAUAAAAUCUGUAAAUAUAACUAGGUAAAUUAUUGUUUGAUUUGCCCUCCACGUGGUUUGGCCUAAUUUUAUCUUGCCAUCUUGUGUGGUUUGAAAAAAAAAGGACUUUUUGACUUCUCAAC